UUCUGGCUUCCUUCCGUCUUUUUCGCCCCUUGAUGAGGACAUGUACUUAUUUCGAAACCACCAACAAAAGCCCGAUUGUAAGAACAACCGACCAAGAAUUUUGCUGCGAAAAUGUUUUCCCGCUUACUCGUUCUGACUGAGCAUCACUCUUCAUCCCGAACGAGUUUUACAUGCCAAAUCCUGCAGUAAAUGGGGAACUCACAGGUCAAAAGGUUCGAUCUUGAGUUGCUCCGGAAGGAGAUCGAAUGGUGCCCCACUCGAUCAGCCCACCAUCGCCCACCUCCCCCACUGGCUGGGACUGGACCACCCACUCAUCCCCAGCCCCGAGCGCAUAGUUUGAUAUCUAAAGCGAAGAAGAAAAUAUUCACAGCAUCCUGAAUCUGAGAUCUACGGGGCUUCAAUUGACGAGACUGGUGGAUUGGCCUCUCCUCUCUCUCGCUUUCUUACAUGGAGGAAAAAAGGGGGGAAAAGCUUUUCUUUUUGGUGGUUCUCUUAGCAAUUCUCACUAGUUCUAUCAUGGAGCUGAAGCAUCUGUUUGUUCCGGCGAGAAUGAUCAUUCAUUAACGACCGAACGAGAUGCUUUCAAAAUUUCAGGGACAAGAAUGGAAGAGGCGUUACCCAAGAAACCGCCUCCAACUUUCUGGGAGCCAAUAUUUGCUGCUAGAACCAUGGCUUGCAAAGCAUAUAAAAGCAAACCAAUCUCGCAUUGGAUUCUUUUGCUUCUGAGUGGCGGAUUGAUGCUCACAGCCUUCCCUGCCUCAAGCCUCCUUGCCCGUGUCUAUUACACGAAUGGCGGCACAAGCAAAUGGAUCAUCUCGUGGGUGGCCGUCGCUGGAUGGCCAUUGACUGCGCUAAUCUUGUUCCCAACAUACUUCAUCUGCAAAGUCUCCCCAACCCCUCUAAACUUAAAGCUCGCCCUUUCUUACUUAGUCUUAGGUUUCUUAAGUGCUGCUGACAAUCUCAUGUAUGCCUAUGCCUAUGCCUACCUGCCUGCUUCGACCUCGUCCCUUCUAGCAUCGUCAUCUUUGGUGUUUUCUGCACUAUUUGGAUAUUUCUUCGUCAAGAACAAACUAACAAUGUCAAUGAUCAAUGGUAUUGUCAUAAUUACAGCUGCCAUGGUAAUAAUCGCUUUGGACUCGAAUUCAGACAGAUACGGCAAUGUCACCAAUAGCCAAUACAUCAUGGGUUUUAUGUGGAACAUCUUGGGAUCUGCACUCCACGGGCUCAUCUUCGCGCUCUCGGAGCUUGUCUUUAUCAAGUAUCUAGGAAGAAGAUCGUUCCACGUGGUGUUGGAGCAACAGGUCGUGGUUUCUUCUUUCGCUUUCAUACUUACAACUAUUGGUGUCGCCUUGAAUCACGAUUUUGAAGGAAUGGCGAAUGAGGCCAGAAGUUUCAAGGGCGGUAAGAGCUCGUAUUACUUAGUUAUGAUAUGGGGUGCCAUAACUUUUCAGUUGGGAGUGCUUGGAGGUACUGCCAUGCUUUUCUUGUCUUCGACCGUCCUCACUGGUGUUUUGAACGCUGUGAGGGUACCUCUUACUGGCAUCGCUGCUGUUAUAUUGUUGAAAGAUCCUAUGAGUGGAUUCAAGAUCCUAUCGCUUGUUAUAACCUUUUGGGGAUUUGGAUCCUACAUAUAUGGCAGUGCCAAUGUGAGUAGUGAAACUUCAUGACUUUAUCUUGGCUGAUUCUCACUUAUCACAUCAUGGUGCAACUUGUGAUUCAUUGUGUACCGCAUAGCGUGAAACAAAUGAUAAGGAAGGUUAUUUA